GCAAACACUGCGAGAGUGCACGCAGAGAAUAAAAUAAAUAUAAAUUGUUUGAAAACAAUUAAUAUACUUUUAAAUGAAAAUUGUUUUGAAUUAUAAUAAGUUCCGGUAUGUACCUGAACUUAUUUUAAUUAAAAUUUCAUGUAAAAAAUAUUUUAAGUGAAGUGAUUGAAAGCUCUGACAUGGCGGUUUUUUUAAUUUUAUUUGCAACUAGCAUUUUUUUAAUAUAUGUUUGGUUUCAAUACAAAUUCACUUAUUGGUCAAAAAAGGGCGUGGAUGGCCCGAAGCCAGUAUUUCUUUAUGGAAAUAUACGUGAUGCACUUAGAAGAAAAGAUCAUUUUUUCCAACCGUACUGUGACAGUUACAUUAAAUUCAAACAUUUACCUUACGUGGGCAUGUAUUCAUUUUAUCGCCCUGUGCUGUGCGUAAAUGAUUUGGACUUGGCUAAGCGUAUAUUAAUUGUUGACUUUGAACACUUUCAAUCCCGUGGAAUUUACUCUGGUGGACCCAAUGAUCCGUUAGCGGAAAAUUUAUUCAAUAUCUCUGGAAAAGCUUGGAAACAGUUGCGAGUAAAAAUGUCACCAACGUUUACUUCAGGAAAAUUGAGGACCAUGUAUCCUUUUGUGGAAAGCGUGGCAAGUAAAGCUCUGAGUUACGCGGAUUUAUAUUACUCGAAAGGGAAACCCAUAGAUUUUUCGGAAUUUUAUGACAGAUAUGCCAUGGAAAUUAUUGCAAACGUUGGAUUUGGCGUUGAAUGUAACAUUUUGACAAAUCCGCAAUCAGAGUUCGACUGUUGCGCACGUGAAUAUUUUGAAAUAAAGUCAUUAUACUGGUCUAUCAUACGCGCCUUUGCUUUUAUCGCUCCAGAUCUUUUUUCAAAGUUACGUAUAAGACGAAUCAGUCCAAAAGUGGAAAACUUUUUCUAUGGCUUGGUUAAAGAAACCGUCAGUUAUCGGCAAAAAAAUAACUACAAGAGAAAUGAUUUUCUACAAACGCUUAUUGACUUGAUGAACGGACAAAUUGUCAAUGAAAACGGUGAUAUAAAACGUGUCCACGAUUUCCCGUUCUCAAUGAACAGCGUGGCAGCCAACGCUAUGUUAUACAUGUUAGCAGGAUAUGAAACGUCAGCGAAGACUGGACAAUUUGCGGCUUACCAGCUCGCUCUGAACCCUCACAUUCAGACAAAAGUGAGGGACGAAAUAGACAGAGUACUGGCUAAGUAUGACGGGCAGUGCACUUAUGAAGCACAGAAUGAGAUGGUCUAUCUAAAUAUGGUGUUGGAUGAGACGAUGCGGUUAUAUCCAGCAUUGCGCGCAAUAUUCCGGCGUUGCAACAAGCCAUACAAACUGCCCAACAGUGACGUAGUCAUAGAAGAGGGUACUUUAGUUUUCGUGCCCAUCCAGGAGAUACAUAUGGAUCCAGAAUUGUACCCUGAACCGAAAAAAUUCGAUCCUGAGAGGUUCGCGCCAGAAAAGAAGGCAAAAUUACAUCCUUGUCAGUGGAUGCCGUUUGGAGAAGGACCAAGGAAAUGUUUAGGGGUGCGUCAAGGAUAUAUUCAAUCAAAAUUAGCUUUAAUUAAGAUAUUGCAAAAAUAUGAGUUGCUUAUAGAUGAGCGGACAUCUGUCCCCUUAAAAUUGAAGACUUCAUGUCUGGUGUGGGCGGCUGAGGGAGGAGUAUGGCUCAAGCUUAGGGAACUUAAUAACAACAAUGAUAAAUAAACCUAGAUAUAUUUAAAGUCCAAUUUUUUUUUUGUAAUUUACUAAAUGUUUCCUCAACAAAAUUGGGGACUUAAAAUAACGGCUGUUUAGGGUUAUCUAAUGUAGGGGAUAUUACCAAGUUACAAACUAAAGAUUGAUUCAUGAUUUUUUUUCUUUUAAUAAAUGAUUGUUAAGGUGGUUUAUAAUUAGUAUAUAGUAUUUAUAAAUGUUAAUUAAGCAAUUAAUCUUUAUUAUUCAGUAUAAGCAUUUAUUGCCUUUUUGCCCUUCAAAGGUAUUUUGAUUGUGAAAGCGCAGCCUACCAAAUAAUGUUUGUAUAUUAAGUAUAUAGGAUUAUCAUAAUAAUAAUAUUAAAACAAAUUUUGGGUAAUUUACAAGAAGAGUACUUUUUCGGGUCCAAGUAAUUUUCCUUAGUUAUCAAAACAAAUGCCCAUAAAAUGUUUAAGUUCUAAUUAUCUAUAUAUACAGAAUGGAAAGAGUUGAAAGAGAUUAUGUAUCUAAGGGUAUGCUUACUAAGAAACCCGGAAAUCUUGUGUUAGCACAUAAGUUAGUUUACACUGUUAUUAUGUACCUUUAAUAUCAAUAACAUAUAGACUCUUAAAGACUGGAUCUGGCAACGUAUGACGCUGAGGACCUAGGAGGAGAUUGUGGAGCGGGAUGAAAAGUUGAAUAAAUUACACUAGGUAUUAUAGGAUUAUUAGAAGUCCGAAGAUAAGAGGGAGGAUACGAUUUAAAUAAAUAAAUAAAUAAUCCGUAAAAUUCAGUAACUAAUUUACAGUGAGCUGGCAAGGGUUGUUAUACCUGGUACUAAGAAUUAUCAAUAAGUAUUCGCUGAAGAUGAUAUAGUUAUACGCGCCGAAUGUAACACACUCCGAUGAGGAGAUGGAGGCAAUAUAUGAAGACAUUUCAAGAGCCAUACAUACAAUACAUACAAACAACUUGCCUAGAAUUUAUUUCAGGUAUUGGCGACGUAUAUGGUACAACGUUGAAUUCGUUUUACAUGAUGUUCGAUACAUCAUGAAAGAUUGUUUCUAUUUUCUAAAGUUGAUUUUAAGACGGGUUUUAUCAGCUUAUUUAAAAAAUGUAGUUUUUUAUAGGGACCUGAAUUCAGUGCAUUUUUUUCUGCUGAUGGCUGUCUGAUAGCAGUUGUAAUCAUAGCUUAUAGAUAUAAAUAAUACGAUGAACAACAUUAUAUACUUUUUCUGCAUUUAAAUAUCGCUACUGAUUUAAGAUUGAUUAAAAUCUUUAGAAUAUGAAUUAUAAAACUUUUCCAUUUAUGUAUUAUUUAAUUAUUUCAGUUAUUUUAUUUGUUGCGACCGUUGAAAGUAAUAUUUGUACAUGGAUAUAAGAUUUUAUGAUUUAUUGAGCAGAAAUUUGAUAUGUUAAUUGGUAUAGUUUUAUUUUUUUUUUUUCAUUAAAAGAAUAUAAAAAGGUAAGAGUAUACAAAAAUAAAAAGAAAUUAUCUUUAUGAUUCCGCUGGUUUAUUUAUAUCAUUAAAUCCUUUUCCCAAAUAAUUUACUAACUGAGAAGUUCUUUGUCUUCGUUAUCUAUCUAUUUAUUUCAUCCAUCUGUCUAAAGAUCGAAAUCAGAUAAAUUAGUUUACCUUGGAAUGCUCUGGAAAAUUUUAUUAACAUUAAGUUUUUCGGAAACCAC